AGAAUCAUGGCCUCUCUCAACCCAUCCCCCCCUCCACGCCGCUUUGCACCCCUCCACCCCUCCACCCAGGCCUCUGAUGCCCCCCCGCUGAGGGGCAUCGUGUUCGACGUCGACGGCACUUUAUGUCUUCCCCAGAACUACAUGUUCGCUGAGAUGCGCGCCGCCCUCGACAUCCCCCCCCAAGUCGACAUCCUCCACCACAUCGCCCACCUCCCCCCCGCCUCUCGCCCCGACGCCCUCAACAAGAUCAAAGCCAUCGAGCAAGCCGCCAUGCUCACCCAGCGGCCCCAGCCGGGCCUCGUCGAGCUGAUGGAUUAUCUCGAGAAGAGGCGCGUUCGACGCGCUCUGUGUACGAGGAAUUUCGAAACCCCCGUCCAAACCCUCCUCGACAACCAUCUCCCCACCCACCUCUUCCUCCCCAUCAUCACCCGCGAGACCCCCGGCGUCCUGCCCAAGCCCGAUCCAGCGGGUAUCCUGCAUAUUGCCAGUGAGUGGGGGGUGGGUGCCGACGGGCUGAUUAUGGUCGGCGACAGCAUCGAUGACAUGACCGCCGGCCAUGCCGCCGGCGCCGCCACGGUCCUGCUGCUCAACGAGCACAAUGCCCAUCUGAAGGAGCAUCGGCAUACGGACCUGUGCAUUGAGCGGCUGGACCAGUUGAUUGGGGUCUUGGAGGGGGGGUUUGUGGGGGAGAAGAAUGGA